CUGAGGGAGUCCCACACAACACGAAACAAUCACAGACGAGCCUCUACUCUGCAGCGCGUUGCCGUCCAGCAGCUGCUUUUCCCCUGGACUCUCCUGUUGGUUUGUUUUUGAAAUCGCAAUGUCAGUUUUGAGUCGUCUCGUCGUGUAACUGUGAGCUUGGAGCAAUGGAGAGAGCAUGUGGAGUGUCGCGUUGCGGGAGCAGUAGGAGUGUAGCGGAGCGGGGGAAGCCCACAGCGAGGCCGGGGAACAGCUCACCGAGGGCGGCCAGGAGCAGCUCUCCUAGUCCCGGACGUGGAAGCGGGAGCCCGUCCCAAAGCCACAAGCGGCAGUUGGAGGGAGUUCUCAACAAAUACACGAAUUUGCUGCAAGGCUGGCAAAACAGAUAUUUUGUGCUGGACCCUGAGCUCGGUCAGCUGCAGUACUUCUUAAAUGAGCAGAGCAAGAACCAGAAGCCUCGAGGCUCCUUGCCUCUGAUUGGCUCUUCAGUGGCCCUGAGUGAUGAGUUUCCUUUCAUGUUCACGGUCUAUGCUGCUAACGGAGAGCUCUUCAAGCUGAGAGCCCGUGAUGCGUGUGAGCGGCAGCUGUGGAUGACCCAGCUCCAGCUCUGUGCUCGUCGCCACUCAGAUAGCAGUGCCAAGGGCUGCCGCGCCUCCUCGGCCUCCUGCUCUUCCUCAGCUGGCCGGACCCGCAGCUUCUCUUUACUCCCGCACCCUGUCCCGCCCUGCUCCUCCACCACCACCCAGAGACAGAACUCCCUGCAUGGCCAUGGGACCCCCGGCUCCAUCAUCACCAUCACCCACCACAAAUCCCCCAUCACCAGCCACCGGACCUGCAGCCACAAUCCUGCACACCUGCACCAGGUCAAAGAGGUCAUGUCACAGGCAGAAGGCCAGCAGAAGAACCUGUUGAACUCCAUCGAGUCUCUACCCAGCCGUGGGCCGCUCUCCUCGCUGGAUCCCGACCUGCUGUUGCUCAAGGCCACGUCUGCAGCCACGCUCAGCUGUCUGGGAGAGUGUCUGAGCAUUCUCCAGCACAAUGUUAGCCAGGCUGCCCGCAACAUUACCGCACACACGCAGGGGCUAAACACAGAGAACGUUUCUGGCUGGUCGGGGCUCAAGCCUACCUCAGACGAGCCAGUGAAGAAUGGAGGAGUGACAGGCCUGUCUGCCUCGACCUGCAACAAACCACCUGCAUCCCCAGCACACAGGAGCAAAGAACUGCUCAAAGAUUCUGAGCGCUCCAGUCCAGAUGCAGCAGACCCCAGUGAGGAGAGCACAGACACUGAGGACAAUGAGGAGGAGGACCUGGGGGUGCUGGAUGACCAGAGGAGCAUCAUCCUCCACCUGCUUUCUCAGCUCAAACUGGGCAUGGACCUCACACGGGUGGUGCUACCCACUUUUAUCCUGGAGAAGCGCUCACUGCUGGAAAUGUACGCUAACUUCAUGGCUCAUCCAGAUAUGUUUCUGGCCAUCACGGCUGGAGCUACGGCAGAGGAGCGCAUUGUGCGGUUUGUGGAGUAUUACUUGACAGCCUUCCAUGAGGGCCGAAAAGGUGCCGUGGCCAAGAAGCCCUACAACCCCAUCCUAGGGGAGAGCUUCCACUGCAGCUGGGAUGUCCCGCGGGAGAAAGUGCGGCCCCUCAGGACUACCAGCUCUCCCUGCUCUGUGCCCCCUGCCUCGGCCAAACCCGGGGAAUGCUGCCGUCUAUGGUUCGUGGCAGAGCAAGUCUCACACCACCCGCCCGUCUCAGGAUUCUACUGUGAGUGCAAGGAGCGUCGCAUGUGCGUCAACACACACGUCUGGACCAAGAGCAAGUUCAUGGGCAUGUCUGUAGGAGUGUCAAUGGUUGGAGAGGGGGUGCUGCACCUGUUGGAGCAUGAUGAGCAGUAUGUGUUCACGCUGCCCUGCGCCUACGCCCGCUCCAUCCUCACCGUGCCUUGGGUGGAGCUGGGGGGGAAAGUCUCCAUCUGCUGCGCCAAGAGUGGCUACUCAGCCACUGUCACCUUCCACACCAAACCCUUCUAUGGAGGAAAGGUUCACAGGGUGACAGCUGAGGUCAAGCACAACCCUACCAGCACCAUUGUGUGUAAGGCCCAGGGGGAGUGGAACGGUACCCUGGAGUUCACCUACAGCAGUGGAGAAACCAAAGUGAUUGACACGUCUAAACUGCCAGUCAUUAAGAAGAAGAUCCGCCCGCUGGAAAAACAGGGGCAGUAUGAGUCAAGGCGGCUGUGGCAGCACGUGACUGCGGCGCUGAAGGCGGGAGACAUUGAUUCGGCCACAGAGCAUAAGCACCAGCUGGAGGAGAGGCAGCGCAGCGAGGAGAAACAAAGAUCUGCCACGAAUACUCCCUGGAAACCCAAGUACUUCAUCAAAGAGGGAGAAGGCUGGGUGUACCACAAUCCUCUGUGGAAGACAACUUGUUGAGGAAACCGAGCCAUAAGCUAGCUGUCCAUCACAGAGGCCAGCCCACAGAGAGGUGGAGCCAUGGGGGAAGAGCGCUGGCCAGCCAAUGGAACAAGAGGAGCCGGACUGCACCGGAGCAGAGGCUGACCAUUUCUCUGACAUCUCCUAGAGAGUUAAAGGUGCCAAAAACAAAUAAUUAUCAAACCCAAGAGUGGAGUUACCCACCCCAGCAGCUACCCAAAGACCCGAGAGUGGAGUAACCCAGCUCUGCAGCUACCAAAAGACCUGCCGCCCCGACAGGUGCUCAAGGAUAUUCUUCCUUCCUUACUUCUGGAAGAAUUCACAUGUGGAGGCCAGACGUUACAUUGGGAAACAACUUCACAUUCUUACUUUUCUUCUAAAUUUAGGUUUUCUCAGUCACAUAUGCUUCCUGGUAUAUCAGGGUUUGGUUUCCUAAAAUUUGUAGCACAGUGGACACCCAGAGGGGCUUCUGGAAAAAACCCAGUCCUGAUCAGCUGCUUCAAAUGAGGCAAAAUGCUACUGGUACGCACAACUGCUUAUAAGACUGAAAGAGAGAGCAGAGGAGUGUAUCACCAAAUCACCAAGUGUGACACAAACGUCUGAUACAAGUGGUUAUCAAAGUAAAUGGACCUCUUAGCUUAACAGUGAUUGAUGCUUAUACAGUCAGACAUUGAGAAAGGGAAGUGCUCUCAUAAGGCUCGCACAGUAACUGCACAUUCCGAUCCUGAGAACUUGGAAAGUAUCAGAGAGGUUCCCAGAUUUCAUUCACUGUAACAUCCGAUUCCUUAAUGAACUCAGCCUAUGUGACGUUUGCCUCAGCUGAUAUCAAGGAGCCAAGAAAAACAGAGCGAUUAUACUUUUGUAAUGGUUUCUUUGCCUGAACAGUGAAAAGUAUUAUAAAAGAAGAGUCUAUACUUGUCUGAAGCAUAGCUUCUCCACCAGGGAGAGAUGGGAAAGUGAGCUCAAGCUCAAGUGGAAACAAACUGUUAACACUUUACUGAAGGGCAGCGUUCAUAAGCCUCUCAUGGCAACUGACAUUAACUUAUAUAGAAACUUAUAAAGGUUAUAGGUUAACAAGCACCAGUUGUCAUAUCACUUGCUGAGAUGAAAUGACGUCAGAAUGGACAAAAGCAGCCUUUAUGACAACUGAGACUUGUUGGAAUAAGCUUUUUUAGAUCUUUAUGUAGGUUUAGGUCAGUUGUCUUUUAGCCUUAGAAAGGCUGUGCUUCAGUGAAGAGUUACCAGUGAGUUGCGUCUAAUAGAUUUUAAAGCUCUGUGCAAAAUCAUUCCCACAGAUCAGGGACGUCAGUGUAGCUGCAUGCAUUUCUGUCCCACUUGUUAGAAUGGCCUCUAACAUGCAUUUUAAGUAAAUUCUUGACUGAUUCCCAAGAGAAUUGUUUUUUCCUAAGUGUUCUCCAGCUAGCCACUGCACAUUUUACUACAUGCUCACUGUGUGUUUUGUUUUGUUUUUUUUGGUAAACGGAUAUGAACAUUCCUCUCAACUCUUUCUUGGUGCAGUAUAUGCUCAUCAUUGAGGGAGGGACACUUCUGAAGUAAAGCAAUGGAUUGUGGUCUUUGGAGGCAAGCUGCCAACUUGUGAUCUUUCACAUUACUUUAUUUAAAAGAGCUACCUGGACGAGUCUUAUAAAAUUGCAAAGCUUAGUCUAAAUAUCGUUAUACUGAUAUUGCUAUUUUUUCACUCAACUCUGCUUCUAUUGUGACGCACAACUAACUCAAAUGUCCAUAAACGGAAAUGAACUUAACUAAUUUGAGUGUUUUAGUUUUCACCUUGGAGUAUAAAAAUCUCAUGAGUGCACCAGGGUCUGACUGCCUCUGAUAUCAGGGCUUAGAUCUCAGACAUGCUCUAUGGAUGUAAGAGACCAAACCUUUAAUUAGUGUCUCACUUUAGGUCAGUAUCUUACCACACUUACCAGUGUUCUCUGUAUAGAUUGUAAGCUAACCAGAAGACAUGACCUAGCAGUCAUAUUUAGAGUUGAUGUGAGAGGGAAAAGAGGCAUUUUCAGGCCUUAUGUGAAUGAAGAAGCACUUUUGCACGUUGUUUGGAUGAGGUGCAUGUAGCGUUGGAGCACAUUCUAUAGAUGGUUCAGGUGUGGGUGAUGAAGUGAUGUACAGCAUCGUAAUGUAUUCAGAGCUUAGACCAAACACUUUGUCCACCAGUGUAAAAAAGACUAUGCAACACAGUAAUUUCACUGUACACAAUGAGGGAGAUGACCCUCCCACACUACAGCAUGUGUUGGUUAAAUAAAGAAAUCCGUCAAAUAUUGUAUACUUUCCAGCCACUAGUGAAUAUACCCGGCUGAUAUAUUGGGGGUAAUCACUUGGAAAUAGAAUAUAAUGUAUGCCUGAACAAUUGAGCCAAGGUUGAUUAUCCUUUACUGGAAAAUCAGUGUGGAUUGCUUUUGUAGCAGUAAAUGCAACUGUGUAGUAUUUUAUGAAUUUAAAAAGCUGGGAGAAACAGUUGACCAAUGUCACUAAGUGACUGUGUAGAUUUAUGCCUACCGUUUAUAAAAUGCUGCACAAAUAAACAAAUGUCUGUGACUUACAAUUUCACUUAAACAUAGUAAAUAUAGCAAGCAAAUUAAGCUCUUGAGCUUUCCAAUAGUUUUAUGGCAGAAAUUACAUCAGAAACAAACUGGGUCUAAACUUGUGCUGCCACCUAGAGGACAGGCUUACUUGUAAUAAAACACUUAUUCCUUAUAUUAAAAUAAAUAAAUUUCCAUCUUAAUUUUGUAGCAGAACAAUCAAGACAGAUGUAAGGUACAGGAAAUAAUUUUCCAUCAAUGUUAGAAGUCUUUCCUUUCUGCAGUGGGCUCUAAACUCUCUACUGGAAAGAUGAUAUGGUGGAGCGAGAAUUUAACUUAAAACACGUUUAUCAUUUUAUUAUAAUGAAACUGCUGUGUGUCUUUAAAAUGGCCAGAUUGCUGGACUGGGGGAAAAACAGAUGAGAAGUUAAAAAACAAAACAAAGUGCAAACAUGGUCCGCAGAUAAGGCAGAACCUUUCGUUUACUCCUUUAAUCACAAAGGCAUCGCUCAUUCUAACAGUAGCAUCCUUUCUUACUUUCCUUAUAAACUUUUUACAAUUCAUGAAAGAAACUCCAAUUUAAACAACAGACAGGUUUUUCAUUUCUUGAUGACAUGCUGCCCUUUUUUAAACUUCCAUUUUGUUCUUAUAAAUAAAUACCUUUAGAGUUCGUUACGUAUGAAACAGAUAUGAUGUUAGGCUGUUAGAAUGAGUCAGCAUAGUCCUCAGAAAUUACUAUAACCUUCCUCCCAAUCACACAGAGAUGAAGCAAAAGCAGUGCACUGAAGAAAGAAAAAACCAAAGAAAGAAAAAAAACAUGGAGCAAGAGACCAAACCAAGAUCUGAAGUGUGUGAACUGUCCACUAGUAGUGGAAGAAAGAAGAAAUUAAACCGAUGGUGAGGGAGAGGCAGAUUUGUCACUCUAAACA